CAGAGGGGGCCCUCUUUAUUUUUGUGAUUAUUAACAGAUGUCACUGGAAAAGGUGUAAAAACCUUUCCUGGAAAGAAAUUUGUCUCUUUGCAAAGUUAUGUCAAAGCUAGUGUCUCUCUGCCUCUGUCUGCCUCACUCUUUUCCCCUCUCUCCCCUCCCCUCUGCCUGGGUAGCAAAAGGGACAGUGGAAGACCCUUGGAACAAGGAGGUGAAAUGAAGUGGAAAUCGGGGGCUUGCUUUAAAGAACCAGGCCCUCCUGUCAGGGGGCAAAAUAGAAGUACAAGAUGGAAAAUACGUUAUUUUGGUUGAUAAUCUUCAUCUCUGGAUGGACCCUCUCUGAUGGGUCUGAAACAGAGCCGGAUUUUACGUGGCACUUGAGCAGAAUACCCCGGGUUGUAAGUGAGAGGACUGUCCAUCUUGCCAGCCCCACAUUCCAGGCAGAUGCUGGGAUGGUGAUGACCGCAGUGUGCGGCAUCGAAUGUCAGGAAGAGCUCCCGGCUCCCAGCCUUUCCCAGCUCGAAGACUCCCUUUCCUAUGAGACGGUCUUUGAGAAUGGCACCCGAACCUUAACCAGGGUGAAAGUUCAAGAUCUGAUCCCAGAGCCCACUCGAAACAGCAGCCUAAAAGGAGCACGCCCGAGGAGGCUGCGGCGGCAGGUGUAUGGUACCGACAGCAGGUUCAGCAUCUUGGACAAAAGGUUCUUGACCAAUUUCCCUUUUAAUACAGCGGUCAAGCUGUCUACUGGCUGCAGCGGCGCCCUCAUCUCCCCCAACCACGUGCUCACAGCUGCCCAUUGUGUCCAUGAUGGGAAGGACUAUAUCAAAGGCAGUAAAAAGCUGAGGGUGGGGGUGCUGAAGAUGAGAAACAAAGGAGGCGGCAAGAAACGCAGAGGUUCCAAGAGGAGCCGGAGAGAAGCAGAGGGCGGUGGCCAAAGUCACAGCGGCCAGGAGCAUCCUCAGGAGAGCGCCACCCAGAGACGGGGAAAAGGGUCCAGGCGGGGUCCGAGGGUCACUCAAGGGAGGCCAUCCUUCCAGUGGACCCGCGUCAAGAGCACCCACAUUCCCAAAGGCUGGGCGAGGGGAGAGAGCGGGGACCCGGCCUUGGACUACGACUAUGCACUCCUGGAGCUGAAACGAGCACACAAGCAGCAGCACAUGGAGCUGGGAGUCAGCCCCGCCAUCACCAAGCUGCCGGGCGGCUGGAUCCACUUCUCUGGGUUUGACAAGGACAGGGAUGAUCAGUUGGUGUAUAGGUUUUGCAGCGUUUCUGAGGAAUCCAACAACCUCCUGUACCAGUACUGCGAUGCUGAGGCAGGCUCCACCGGCUCUGGGAUCUAUCUGAGGCUGAAAGAGCCAGGCAAAAAAACCUGGAAGCGGAAGAUCAUCGCGGUCUACUCAGGCCACCAGUGGGUGGAUGUGCACGGGGUUCAGAAGGACUAUAACGUGGCUGUGCGCAUCACUCCACUCAAGUACGCCCAGAUUUGCCUCUGGAUCCAUGGAAAUGCAGCCAACUGCGCUUAUGGCUGAGGGAAAGCUGAAGCAAGUUCAGGCACAUCCUGAAUCCCAGAGAAAGUCAGUUCUCAUUCUGAGACCACUCACAGGCUAUACUUGGACUUGAACCUAGCAGGGGUAUGCCAGCAUUUUCACAGACGCCCUUUAUCAAAAUUAGCUUACUUUCUCACGGUUAGAAUGUUUAGGUACAGAUAAUGAAACUAGAUGACCCUUCAGCAUCAAAUAUAUACUCUAUGUGAUGCUAAGGUUCGUUUGCGGGAAACCGUUUGUUUACUUGGGCCUUCUUUAAAACUAGACACUCUUUAAAAUGUCAGACUAGAACUGUAACGUGACUUCUCAAUGGGCUUGCUCUUAGAGUCCUACUGUAAGAAGAAUCAACUUGAACGGAAAAUACAAAGAUUCACAGCAACACAAUUAGAAACAGGAGACACAGAGGUUUCGUUUGCAGUGCUGUGCGAUGGAGCCUUUCCCUUCUGCUCCUGCCCUCAGCGUGGAUAUGUGUUUUCUCUUGGUACUUAGAAACUUAAAGAACUACAGGUCAAACCACAUACAAAUCACAAAUCAGAAGAAGUAGUGAGCCUUAUAAAUAAAACUACCAACUGUGGUUUAAACAAAAAACCCAGUAUCAAAGUGUCUUUCUAAAAAUUGGUGAAACACUUUGUUUUGUGCAAUAAACCAACUUUAGAGAUAUUGAAAGCGGAGACACUUUAAGAUGUCAAGUUUUUAUUUAACUGAUUUUCAAAGUAGGAAGUUUCCAAGGCGUGCGGAGAAGCCAUUUCCCAAGCCAGGGUCCCCUUUUGAGUGUCACACCCGGUUGGGUUGUACUGUCCACUGUGUGUGAGGUGCUAUAUUUUUAAUGCAAGGAAUUUUUUUUUUUCAAAAGAGAACCCACUUGCCCCAAACCACGAGAUAGCAAAGAAGGUUCUGAUGGUUCUCAUUAGGGACCAAGGUGGCAUCAUCACUCAUCAUCACUCUGCCUCCCAAGUAGCAUUAAGCAGUUAGCGGCCACGGAGAGCAAAAUGCAGAGCGGUCGCUCAGGACACACCUCAUGAACAACCAAGUAUGUGGUGAAUGGCUAUAAGCAGGGGUUAGGUCGGCAUUAUGCCUGGACAGUUUUGAUGUCACUCAAACACACUCUAAAAUCUAGUAACCAGGGGCCCGAUCUUUGGUCUGUUCUUUCUGGCAAUUUCUAAGGCCACAUAUUUUUCUCUCAUGACACAACUGACUGCCAGGGUAAAAUCUUUUUCUUUUAGAGGUGUCCUAAUAAAGACUACAAAAUAAGAAAUAACGUUAUUUCCUAUUUUUGUUUUCUGUUAUAUUCUUGAUUAGUAAGCAAAGGAAUAUCUUCGUUUGGGUUAGCAUAGUGUUUUUGUAAAUGGUGCUCAAAAUAUCUGCCAUUCUUUUAUAAUGUGAGUUGUUGUUAAAAUAGUUCAAUAAAAUGAAAAAAAUAAAAUGUA